CCUCGCGGCGUGUCACCGGGGCCCGGGCGGCUGCGGACCGGCCGAGGGGCAGCAAGGCACCGAGGAGGAGGCGGUGGCGUCUCGGGCUGCGCCAGGCAGAGACGCGAGGUCCCUCCGGUGCCCGCCGGGGCCGCUUCCUCCCCUCUGGCCCUGAGGUAGGGCGCCGGCGGCGCCCGCCUUUCCCCCCUCGGCCUUGCUGUCUCAGGCCAUUCUUAAACCUUUCCAUGUCUGAAUGGACUCCUGAAUGUAAUAUUGUUUAUACUCUAAAAGCGGAUAUGAAGACUGAAGUUCCUUCUGAUGCACCAAAGAGACAGGAGAGUCUGAAGGGGAUCCUCUUGAACCCUGAGCCUAUUGGGGCAGCCAAAAGCUUCACUGCAGAAGUUGAGAUGAUUGCCAGUAAAGUUGGGAAUGAGUUCUCUCACUUGUGUGGCGACUCUCAAAAGCAGAAUGAUGUGAAUGGCAACCGUACAGACCAAGACAAAAGCAUCGUGGUGCGAAAAAAACGCAAGAGCCAGCAGGCUGGUCCUUCCUACACUCAGAAUUGUCCUGAUAAAGAAAACCAAGAUAUCUUAGGACUAAGACAGCAUCUAGAAACACAGAGUGAAGACAAUGAUUCUUCUUUUAGUGACUGUAUCUCUUCGCCUUCAUCUAGCCUACAUUUUGGAGACUCUGACACAGUAACAUCUGAUGAAGAAAAAGAUGCUUCUGUAAGACACCCUCAGGCAGUGUUGAAUAGUACAAGUAGGACUCACAGUGCAAGGUCACAAAAGUGGCCUCGGACUGAGGCAGAGUCUGUACCUGGAUUGUUAAUGAAAAGGCCCUGUUAUCACAACAGUUCUUUAAGGAGGCUCCCAUAUAGGAAGAGAUUUGUGAAAACAGGUUCGUCACAGCGAACACAGAACCAAAAGGAACGAAUAUUAAUGCAGAGGAAAAAGCGAGAAGUGUUAGCUCGGAGAAAAUACGCCUUGCUACCCAGCUCGAGCAGUUCCAGUGAGAAUGAUCUCAGUAGUGAAUCUUCUUCCAGUUCAUCUACAGAAGGGGAGGAAGACUUAUUUGUGUCACCUAGUGAAAACCACCAGAACAAUACAGCUGUUCCUUCAGGAAGUAUUGAUGAAGAUGUUGUGGUGAUUGAAGCAUCCUCCACUCCCCAGGUCACUGCUAAUGAAGAAAUAAAUGUUACCUCAACAGAUAGUGAAGUGGAGAUUGUCACAGUUGGUGAAAGCUAUAGGUCUCGUUCAGCUCUUGGACACACAAGAUCACACUGGGGGCAGAGCUCUAGUUCUCAUGCUGCACGACCUCAAGAGCAGAGGAACCGCAGCAGGAUUUCCACAGUCAUACAGCCACUGAGACAGAAUGCAGCAGAAGUGGUGGACCUCACUGUGGAUGAAGAUGAGCCCACAGUUGUGCCAACAACAUCAGCCAGGGUGGAGCCACAGGUCGUGAGUUCUGCUUCCAGCAACGGUUCAAGUACCUCUACCUCAGAGCAGGCCUCUGAUGCAGCUCCAGAUGUCUCCAACAGCCAGCCCCCUGCAGCUCCAGAGACAACUUCCAGUCUUCCCAGCAGCAGCACUGCUGGUACUCCAGCUGGAGAUGAUGUAAGAAGAACUGCAUCUAACACAACACUGGAAACUGGCCCUCCAGCCAUGCCAAGGUUGCCAUCAUGCUGCCCUCAGCAUUCUCCUUGUGGAGGACCUUCACAGACUCAUCAUGCAUUGGGGCACCCACAUACAAGCUGCUUUCAGCAGCAUGGUCACCACUUUCAGCAUCACCACCACCACCACCACAACCCUCACCCAGCUGUUCCACUAUCUCCUUCAUUCAGUGACUCCAGCUGCCCUGUUGAAAGGCCUCCUCCUCCAGUGCCUGCACCUUGUGGAUCAAGCAGCAGUUCUGGCACCAGUUACCAUGACCAGCAGGCAUUGCCAGUAGACUUAAGCAGCAGUGGUAUAAGAAGUCAUGGAAGUGGUGCUUUUCAUGGAACAUCUGCUUUUGACCCCUGCUGUCCUGGUUCUUCAUCUCGAACUGCAAUUUAUGGGCAUCAGGCUGGUGCUGGCCCCAGCCAGUCAAUAACAAUAGAUGGAUAUGGAUCCAGUAUGGUUGCACAGCCACAGCCCCAACCUCCUCCUCAGGCAUCACUCUCUUCCUGUCGGCAUUAUAUGCAUUCUCCUUAUGCUUCUUUGACCAGACCUCUUCACCAUCAAACUUCUGCAUGUCCUCACUCUCAUGGAAAUCCUCCUCCACAGCCACAACCUCCACCUCAAGUAGAUUAUGUUAUCCCUCAUCCCGUGCAUCCCUUCCAUCCUUCAAUCUCCUCUCAUGCAUCUUCUCAUCCUGUUCCACCUCCACCACCAACUCAUCCUUUAGCCAACGCAGCUGCUCCAAUACCACAGCAUCUUCCUGCAACACACCAGCCUAUAUCCCAUCACAUCCCUGCAACAGCACCUCCAGCACAGAGGCUACAUCCUCAUGAAGUGAUCCAGAGGAUGGAGGUCCAGAGAAGAAGAAUGAUGCAACACCCAACACGUGCCCAUGAACGGCCUCCUCCACAUCCUCACAGGAUGCAUCCCAAUUAUGGUCAUGGGCAUCACAUUCACGUGCCUCAGACAAUGUCUUCCCAUCCACGACAGGCUCCGGAGAGAUCUGCCUGGGAACUAGGAAUUGAAGCUGGUGUGACUGCAGCUACCUACCCUCCAGGGCCCUUGCAUCCUCACUUGGCCCACUAUCAUGCACCUCCUCGACUUCAUCACUUGCAGAUAGGGGCUCUUCCUCUAAUGGUACCAGACAUGGCGGGCUACCCUCACAUCCGCUACAUUUCAUCGGGAUUGGAUGGAACAUCAUUCAGAGGCCCUUUCAGGGGCAAUUUUGAGGAGCUGAUUCACUUGGAGGAACGAUUAGGCAACGUUAAUCGUGGAGCAACACAGGGAACUAUAGAAAGAUGCACAUACCCACAUAAAUACAAAAAGGUAACAACUGAUUGGUUCUCACAGAGGAAACUGCACUGCAAACAAGAUGGGGAGGAAGGAACAGAAGAAGAUACAGAGGAGAAGUGUACCAUCUGUUUGUCUAUAUUGGAGGAAGGUGAAGAUGUCAGGCGCCUUCCAUGUAUGCACCUUUUCCACCAAGUAUGUGUAGACCAGUGGCUGAUCACUAACAAGAAGUGCCCCAUUUGCAGAGUGGACAUUGAGGCUCAGCUGCCUAGUGAAAGUUGACACCACUUUCCAGAACUCUCGUCCUCCCUCUUGCUCCCUCUCAUCCUUCCUGGUACUGCAGUCAACCAAAGAUGGCAUGACUUACCUGAGCAGAUUUGGAAGCAUUGAACCUAGAGUGCUGGCUCUGCUAUAUGGUACAACUAGUGCUAGACUUACAGUUUAUGUAGAAGAACAGUUGAGUUUCAGUGUAUUUAUAAGACUUUUUUUUAGGUUUUACAUUUUUUCUUUUAAUUCAUUACUGUAUUUUUGCAUGGUUCCUUGUAUUGCAGUUGUUUGCACAUAUUAUGGGCUUUGUGACCCCAAACUUGCAGGCAAGAUUAGCUGCUUUAGUAAGUAGAAUUGUGUGGUCUCAUUUUUUUAAAUUUUUGUUUGUUUGUUUGUUUUACAUAGUAUCGAGCUUUGAAAGUAUGAUUUCACUCAUUACUAACCUCAAACUCCUUAAUUUAAUCAAUCACAUAUUUUAGUUUAAAUGUAUAAAGAUCAUCUAGAAAAGGAUAAUAUUAUGUAUUGAGACAUUCCUUAAUUAGGAAAAAAUGGCUGCUGUAUAUUUACAAUAUCAGUUCUGAGUCAAAUAACAUCCUUAAUACUGGGAACAGGAUAUGAAAUAUAUUAAGUUUGACUGAUACAUAUAGCAAACUCAUCACCAGAGUUUUAGUCUGAUCAGAUUUUUGUGUUUUUAAAAUUUCAGCACAAUGCAGAUAUAUUUGAAUGUCAAUAUUAAACAUUUAGACUGCUGUUCAGAUUGUAUUUAUCAUUUUCUUCCUAUGUCUAGAAAUUUGAAUCCCUAACUUAAAUAUUUGCUGCUGUGAAACAGCUCUAGUGAACACUAAAUGUGGGUAUCAGUUAGCUGGGUUGUAGAUACUUGCAGAUUGAAAGAAUUAUUAGGGAAAGGAAAAAGAGCUUAGAAUCUGUUUGGUAUUCUGCUAACUUAAGUUGAAGUAUCUGUGCACAUUGAGGGGGGGUUGGUUUUUUUUUUU